CCCUGAGAAAAGGGUGGUACUAGAUGGCCCUACUAUCCACUAGUCAUCAGAAGUGAAGAUAAAUCCCUGAGAAAAGGGUGGUACGGAUUCCCCUACUAUCCAGUAGUCAUCAGAAGUGAGAAGUGAGAAGGUUGAGCACUUGCUUGCUCCAACUUGACUCCAACAGUGAAAAAUAUGAAUAUAGCAGAAGCCAGCACAAGCAACAGUAAUGGUCAUCACCAAUCGCCCAGUCCUGAGAGAAGCGACAAGGAGGAGUUGUGGAGAUGCUUGCCUUUAUACCGUGCAUUAGUUAGAGGCGACCAACAUGGUUCUGAACAAUUGCUGAAUCUCUCUUCCCACACAUUCCUUUUGUUGAAGUCAUGUCCAAGAAGAUAACAGGAGCAGCGGACAGUGGCCUUCACGUACUUGUUGGUGCUGGAAAGUGGUUUGAUGAUCUGAUGCGUGAUCCAACAAUGAUUAGUCCACUGUUGACUUUGCGUAACAGAGAUGGUCAUACACCUCUUUGUGUGGCUGCAACUGUUGGGAACAUGCAGGCAGCCAGGAAAUUAUUACCGCUUGAAAUGGGACUCCCACCGACUUUGCGAGCUCUCAAUGAAGCUGUUGGGCCAUAUCCAAUCAUAGAGGCUGCUAGGUAUGGUCAUAAGGAGAUGGUUUUACUUUUGAUUUGGGAUAUGGGAAGGAAGAUGUGUGGCUCCCCGCCAACUAAAGAAUCAGCUGCUUCCCUCUUUCUCCAUCUGCUAGUAGAGGCUGGAUUCUACGAUUUGCUGCUAGCUCUGGUUCAACGUCAUCUUGGUUUAGGCCGGGCAGAGUUUUAUGGCGACAAUAAUGAAUCCCUUUUGAGCUUGAUGGCUGCGAAACCUUCUGCAUUUCGUAGUGGAACUCAACUAAGUUUCUGGCAGCAGUUACUUUAUUCUGUCACACACGCAAAUUUACAGAUCAGAUUGGCAGACAUUGAGAAGUCUCUUGUUGAAGUCCAGAUAACAGCCAUAGACCCGCCCACGAGCCCCUGGGGACAGCCUCCUAUAUGUGUGUCAACAUGGGAGUGUUUCAUAAAAUGUCCAUGCUUCAUCACCAUUCUAAAAUGGCCUGCUAGGGAGAUCUAUAGAUGUAUGAAUUACGUUGCAAGACCAAUCAGACAAAUUAGGGAAACAAAAUUGAUGCAUGAAGCGGCUCUUAAAAUUGUGAAAUGUCUUUGUGAGGAACUUAUGAAACAUUAUUUCGCUGAGGAUAUGGAGCCAGUACUUAGAACGGCACUUCUUUCGGCGGCAAGUUCAGGAACUUCUGCAAUCAUAGAAGAAAUUAUAGAACGCUACCCAGACGCAAUUUGGUUUGCUGAUUCUGAGCAUCAUAACUUAUUUCACCUUGCAGUAAUAAAUCGUUAUGAGAAAGUGUUUAACCUUAUAUAUCAGUUAAGUGCAUAUAAAUAUUUGGUAACAGCAAAUGAAGACACUUCAGGGAACAAUAUAUUACAUAUGGCUGGAAAGCUAGCACCCCUUGGCCGCCUUAAUCUUAUCUCUGGUGCAGCUCUGCAAAUGCAGCGUGAAUUACAAUGGUUUCAGGAAGUGGAAAAGUUUGUUCACCCAACAUUCAGAUCAAAGAGAAACUCUAAUGGAAAAACUCCAAAUAUGGUGUUCACUGAGGAACACAAGGAAUUGGUUAAAAAAAGACAGAAAUGGAUGAAAGAAACUGCAAAUUCCUGCAUAUUUGUGGCAGCCCUGACAGCAACAGUAGGAUUUGCGGCAGCCAUCACUGUGCCAGGUGGAAACAACCAAAACAGUGGUUUUCCACUCUUCUCCAACGAAAAGGCCUUCACGGUUUUUGCUGUUUCGGUUGCAUUCUGUCAAUUCUCUUCUGUUGCCUCUGUGCUAAUGUUUUUGUCUAUCCUCACUUCGAGAUAUGCAGAAGAGGAUUUUCUUAAACGACUUCCAAAGAGAUUAAUUCUAGGCCUUAGUGCGCUAUUCGUUUCAAUGACAUCUCUGAUGAUAGCAUUUGGUGCUACGAUUUACCUCAUUUUUGGUCAGAAAAAGCGAUGGAUACUCAUUCCAGUCGGCAUAGCAGCCCUCAUUCCAGUAAACCUCUUUGAGUCCUUGCAAUCUCCUCUCUUGUGGGAUAUGUUUAUGUCCACAUAUGGUCCAAGCAUUUUUCGUAAGCAGGGAUCGCGUGUACUUUACUAGCAA